GAAGUGCGCAAAAAGAAGUCCAAACUCCAAAUCCGUAGCGUUUAAAUACACAAGAAAAAGAAUAAAAUUUACAGACUCCAUUUGGAAUUCACCUUUCUCUCUCUUCUACUACCGAUCUCGAAGUCGACUCCCACCACUUCACCCAGUUAAAAAGGAAGUCCGAAGUCUCCACGAUGAAUUCCUUUCCUGUUCUUUUAGACACAGUUAGCUUUCUGGAUAUCUUAAUCAAGGCAGAAAGCUUCGUCGACGGGAAGCGAAUUCUUGAGGGAAAAGCUGAUUACUUAAGAGCCAAAAUAGAGGAUGUUGAAGGAGCAUUGUUUUCUGCUUCUAUUCAACAUGGGAAGAAGAGAAAGAGGGAUGAAGACCUUUUUUUCUGGGCGACUAAGGGUCGGGAGCUUGUUCAGGUAGCAAGAAGCUUGUUAGGACAUGAUGGUCCAGAGAAGAAAAGAAAAGUGGAAGAACAGAGCAUCAGCUACCUCCAAGCUUGUGCAAAGCUAGUAAAAUUUCAUAAAUUGAUGAAGACAUUGUCAGACCAUGAAGAGGAGGUUGAUGUGCUUCUGAGUUGCCCCAUUUCUGAUGAACAAGGCCCGGGUCGUGGUAAUUUUAUACCAGUGAGAGAAUUAUUUGGUCAUGUAGCUUCUGAUUCCUUGGAGCAACUUCUGGCUCUUUUACGAGGUGUUGAGAUUGGAAGAAUUGCUAUUCAUGGGGAAAUAGGAAUUGGUAAGACCUUUUUGAUGAAGCACCUGCAUAACUCUGUGCUAAAAUGGGAAGAGAGGUUUGAUUGCGUUAUCUGGGUAACUUGUCCUCAUCAGUUCAGCAUCGAGGGUGUUCAAGAUGCUAUUGCUGCUGCAGUGAAGUGUGAACUUUGCAGUGAUGAUGACGUGAAUAAAAGGGCAGAAAUAUUGUCAGAUACGCUUUCAGGCCUAGGAAGUUUUGUGCUUUUCCUAGAUGAUGUUCCAGAAUCCCAAUUUUGUCCAGUUGAGAUAGGAAUCCUUGUCCCUGCUGAAGGGAGUAAGAGUAAGCUGGUUUUAACUACCAGGUCGGCUUUGGUUUCUGAAAAGUUGGGUUGUUUCAGAAAAGUGCAUCUUGAUCGCCUCUCUGACGAAGAAGCAUGUGAAUUGCUCUUGAAUGAAGCGGGAAUUAGUGGGAGGUCUGCUUCUUUGCUUAAAGGCAUCCCUAACUUGCUUGCUAAGAAAUGUUGUGGGGUGCCACUUAUGAUUACAGACAUAGCUACUCGUAUGUGUGGCAUUGAUGACAUUCGGGAAUGGAGAAAUGCAUUGUUUGAAUUUGGGAAAUCUUAACAUUUCAGGCAAUUACUGAUGAACUUCAGACAUUGAACUGCAGUGGUAAUGAAACUGCGGGAUUCAUUAGAGCAAGAAAAAGAAGAGAAGCUUGAUGUGAAAAGAGUAACCUGGUUUUGUGCAACCUAGUUUGCCUUCUUUAAAGGACUUGUCUCCAGUGAUAUUUCCGGUGAAUGCAUGUAUUACCCCUGUCCAGGUUUAGUUGUUUCGUGGAGGCAUUGGAGGGAGUUAGGCUAACAAGAGUCAGGAGGUGAUGUGAACUGUGAAGUAGGAGCCUGAAUUUAACUAAUUAAGGAUCUGAUUAGUUUUGUCAAAAGUUUGUAAUAUAGAGAUUAGGGUAAUAUGAUAUAUCCCAUAUAUUUUUGUAUUUUCUUAUACAUGUAUUUAUAUAGUAUGAAAUAUGUUGUCUUAUAAAGUUGAAUCAUUUGAUGAUUUACAUAA